AUGCCUCCUAAUAAUACCUUCCAUUCCAUUGCUGCCCGAAUCCAAGCUCUUACACUUUUGGGUAUUGGAAUGCCCAUUAAAGAAGUCUCCGCAAGGCUGAACAUCCCUGUAAACACCCUCUAUGUUAUCCGAAAGCGAGCCAAAGAACGUGGGUUUGACCCGCAGCGAAGCCUCUUGGUUGAUAUCAGCUAUGUUGAAGAUGCGUCUCGCUCUGGGAGCCCAAAAGCAAUAGAUCCAGAAAAGGGAGCUGAGGUUAAUCACACUGUAACAAAAGAUCAAUCUGGAGGGGAGAAAUCAACUGAAGCCCUUGCAUUGCAGACUGGUAUAUUCCACCCCAGCAUUGUGCAAAUUCUUCACAAGCAUUGCUUUGUCCUUGCGAAGUCCACUUAG